AACAGCCCCCCCUUCUACGAUUCCCCCACUAGCGCGGAACGAGCACGAACAUCACGUUUCCUGUCAAGAGGUCGACUAAUCCUAUUUUACCUGUACUUUUGGGAUAAGGAAAUCAUUACUGUAGCCGAAAUGCUAAGUACUGUUGGCAAACAACUCAGAAACCACCCAGCAUUGAUCCCACUCUUCGUCUUCAUCGGUGGUGGGGCAACAAUGUCCAUGAUGUACCUUGGACGUCUUGCUCUGCGUAACCCUGAUGUCUCAUGGGAUCGCAAGAACAACCCAGAGCCAUGGAACAAACUGGGCCCCAAUGAUCAGUACAAGUUCUUCACUGUGAACAUGGACUACAAAAAUCUGAAGAAGGACAGGCCGGACUACUAAGCUCAUCUCACGUCUCGCCCACCAAUUAAGCAUAUUAACAGGAAGCUGAGCCGCACAGUCAGCAGAAGCCAAGAGCCACAAGAUUUAAACAUGAGAAAUGACUGAAGAAGACCGCACACUUGAAUUCCAACAUCUUUCUGAAUGUUUCAAUCACAAGAGGGUCCUCUGUGCCUGAUUCUCAGAGACUGAUCAUAUUUCAUUAUUUAUGGUUGCCUACAAAAAUUAAAUAAAAGCAGACAGCCACCUACUUAUACUAAAA